AUGAAAUAUCCCACCGAGCUAGACACCCGUUUCCAGAUUGAUGUGAUUGACAUCGGAAUUCCCUACAAUUACAAGUUGAAGAAACCGCCAAACAUUCAGGAGGCCGAUAUGAUGCACCCUCAAUCCACUCUCACUGAUUCAAAGGAGAUCGAGGUAUACACCGUGGAGUCUCAAAUGGAUGAUAAGAUUUUUUCGUACCAAGAAGAAGAAAAGAAAGGCAAACGUACCUUGAGUUUUUGUUCUACACUCCAUCCUGAUCGUCAACUUCCAAUGAAGCCGAUGAAGAAACCAAUAGCACCUUCGCCACCAACUCCACCAAGAAUCUACAAGGUGAAUCCUGUUAAUUUUAAAAAGGUUGUUCAGAAGCUUACUAGUGCAACGGAGUUCCGUUUAACACGGCUGCAGGAGGUGGCACCGCCACCUCUCAGCCUCUCUCCACCAUGGCAGCAACUACUAGUUCAUCCUAAUGAAGUUACAACGCCAUCAGGUUCCAAAUUCAGCGAUUUUAUGAUCGAAACAGAUGAGAAAAAGGUUGUGAAGCCAUUAGAUUAUAGUUUUGGAGCCCUUACUCCUCCUGGGUUCAAUUUUUCACCAUCUUCUCUUGCAUGGUUUUCAUCUUUGCUUUAUAGUCCACGAACUCCUCCUCCUCUCAAGUCAAGUGCGGUUCUUUAG